AUGAAAGCUGAGAGCAAUGAAAGUCUUGACCUCUUAUCUGUCUUCCUGACUGGCAUUCCAGGAUUGGAAGCCCAACACGGCUGGCUCUCCAUCCCCUUCUUCACCACGUACACUGUGGCCAUUGUGGGCAACAGCCUAAUCAUGGCAGCAGUGCAGGCAGACCCUGCCUUACAUGAGCCCAUGUACUUGUUUCUCUCCAUGUUGGCUGUCACUGAGGUGGGUGUCUCUGUGUCUACACUGCCCACUGUCAUGGGCAUUCUUUGGUUUGAUACCCGCCAGAUUGACUUUGAUGGCUGCCUGGCCCAGAUGUUCUUCAUUCACACCUUCUCUUGCAUGGAGUCAGGGGUCCUACUGGCCAUGAGCUACGAUCGCUUUGUAGCCAUCUACAACCCACUGCGAUAUACAGCCAUCCUGACCCUGCCCCGUAUCAUCUCCAUGGGUCUGGGCAUCACUGUGAAGAGUGUGACUCUCAUGGCUCCCCUUUCAAUCCUUUUGAGGCAACUGCCCUAUUGCCACACUAACGUCCUCUCCCACUCUUACUGCCUCCACUCAGACCUGAUCCAGCUGCCUUGUGCUGAUACUAAGCUCAAUAGCAUCCUGGGUUUGGCCAUUGUCUUGGCCACUUUUGGGCUGGACUCACUGCUCAUUGUGAUUUCUUAUAUGCUGAUUCUUUACACAGUGCUGGGCAUUGCUUCUGGGGAGGGACGAUGGAAGGCCCUCAAUACGUGUGUGUCACACAUCGGUGCGGUGCUUGUGUACUAUGUGCCUAUGAUUGGUGUGUCUGUGAUGCAUUGUGCUGCCAAGCAUGCCUCACCUCUGGUCCACACACUCAUGUCUAGCAUCUACCUCUUUGUGCCCCCUGUACUCAACCCCAUCAUCUACAGCGUCAAGACCAAGCCAAUCCGACAGGGAAUUGCCACCUUGUUUUCCUGUGAGAGAGAAUUACUCUGAAUCAUUCCCAGGGAGCAGGGACUUUGAGUUAGUCCAUAAACUCUGAUGGUAUUUCUUCUGUGGGCAAAGUGGAUUCAAAGUGUUGCCUACAGGCUUGAAUCUGGAUCACA